CUGGGCGGAGAGGUCCGUGGAGGGAGCGGCUCCCUGCGCUGCACGGCGCAGCGCUCGGGGGUCCGAAGCCAUGAGGCUGACUCCGCGCGCGCUGUGCAGCGCCGCGCGGGCCGCCUGGCGGGAGAGCUUCCCUUUGGGAGGUCGUGAUGUGGCGCGCUGGUUCCCGGGCCACAUGGCUAAGGGGCUGAAGAAGAUGCAGAGUAGCCUGAAGCUGGUGGACUGCAUCAUCGAGGUCCACGAUGCCCGGAUCCCCCUUUCAGGCCGAAACCCUCUGUUUAAGGAAACCCUCGGGAUCAAGCCUCACUUGCUCGUCCUCAACAAAAUGGACUUGGCCGACCUGAAGGACCAGCAGAAAAUCAUACAGCACUUGGAAGGACAAGGCCUAAAAGAUGUCAUUUUUACCAACUGUGUCAAGGACGAGAACAUCAAGCAGGUCAUCCCGGCGGUCACGGAGCUGGUGCGGAGCAGCUACCGCUAUCACCGAGGAGAGAAUGUGGAGCUCUGCAUCAUGGUGAUCGGCGUCCCCAACGUGGGCAAGUCCUCACUCAUCAACUCGAUCAGGAGACAGCACCUCAGGAAAGGAAAAGCCACCAGGGUGGGCGGUGAGCCUGGGAUCACGAGAGCUGUCAUGUCCAGAAUUCAGGUGUGUGAGCGGCCGCUGAUGUUCCUGCUGGACACCCCCGGGGUGCUGGCCCCUCGGAUCGAGAGCGUGGAGACGGGCCUAAAGCUGGCCCUGUGUGGAACCGUGCGGGACCACCUGGUCGGGGAGGAGACCCUGGCUGACUACCUUCUCUACACCCUCAACAGGCACCAGCUGUUUGGGUACGUGCAGCACUACGGCCUGGGCGGGGCCUGCGACAACGUGGGGAGCCUGCUGAAACGCGUGGCCGUGCGGCUGGGGAAGACGCAGAAGGUGAAGGUGCUGACGGGCACAGGGAACGUGAACGUCAUCCAGCCGAACUACACCGCCGCUGCCCACGACUUCCUGCGGGCCUUCCGCAGCGGGCUGCUGGGCCCCGUGAUGCUGGACCGGGACCUCCUGCAGAGCGCCCCGCCGUAGACCCCCCCGGCCCUCGGCCCCGAGACGCCGGGCGUCCCAGACCGUCACGUCCGGGCCUGGCGCUCAGGGCCCCCUCGGCCAGAAGCUGCGGCCGGCCACUGCGCACUCAAGCCUCCGCUGCAGGAUCCCCCCCCCCCCCCCCCACCCCCCCAC